AUGCCAGCAGACCUUGUCAUGAAGAUUGCUGGUGAGUCGAAGGAGAGUCAAUCAAUUCGUGAGCAACUCAACAAGGAGCUCGUGAUCUUGGUGAGAGGCUCAGAGACCUGCAAACGCUUUGUUAGAACAAAACUGGACGGUAUAUCGACCUUACCGGUGACUGAAACUGAAUUAUGGAAUCUAAUUUUGGCUACAGGCCGCCUCGAUGCACGAUCAGACGAUAAAUAUCUGACAAUGGAGAGCAGCAGCGGAUCGAUUUGUGAGGAAAUGGCACCGGAAGUGGUCGGCUCCUAUUUUGCUGACUCAUCAAGGCAAAGCAGACGAAAUUCAGUCGUUGUAGAAAUGGCGACGUCGGAAACAACGAGAUCUAAUAUUUCCGAUCCAUCAACUGAUACGCCAAACUCACCUGGGAUACCUGACGCAACGAUUGAUGAAAGUUCAUUCUCUAAUGUUGAGGCUGUGAGUUCAAGCUUUGAGCCAGUGGACGUGGUUCCUGCGACCGUUGAAGAAACUGCAACCUUAAGCGAUCAUGAACCCACGACUAAGGAGAAGAUGAAGAAGAAGAAGAAGAAGAAGGAGAAGAAGCAUUUCAAGGAUUUUGCUUAA